AAACAGAAUCACUGAGUUGGAAAAAGAAUCACCCCCCUCCUAAAAAUGACUUGUAAACCCAACCAGGUGUAGUUAAUCACCUUCUCAAUAGCACACAAAGCCAAUUAUUGACUUUCAACUGUGAUCAGCUGUGGUCAUUCUGAUUAGCUCAGCAUGAAACAAGCUUUUCCUGAAGCAUUUCAGUCCUUGGUAGUGCAACUGAAGAAAACAAUCAACUAUGGGGUGGCAAGGCAUUGUCAAAAGAUCUCCGGGAUAAAGUUGUGGACAGGCACAAGUCAGGAGAUGGAUACAAAAAAAUGUUCAAAGGCUUUAUCAGUGCCUAGAAGCACAGUGAAGUCUAUUAUUAAGAAGUGGAAGGUAUUUGGUACAACACAGACCCUCCCUGGGUCAGGACGUCGCUCCAAACUGGAUGAAAGAGCCAGGAGGAAACUGGUCAGAGAGGCUACCAAGAGGCCUACAGCAACUCUGAAGCAGUUGCAGGAAUUCAUGACAAAGAGUGGUCAUUGUGUGCAUGUGACAACAAUAUCACAAAUUCUCCACAAAUGUGGCAUGUAUGGGAGGGGUGCAAGAAAAAAGCCACUCCUCAAGAAAGGCCACAUGCAGUCACGACUGAGCUUUGCCAAAACGCACCUUGAAGAUUCUAAGGCCACGUGGAAGAAGGUGUUAUGGUCAGAUGAGACUAAAAUUGAAUUAUUAUUUGACCUCAACGCCAAACGAUAUGUCUGGCGAAAAUCCAAUACAGCUCACCAUCCAAAUAACAUCAUUCCUACAGUAAAUCAUGGAGGUGGUAAUAUCAUGUUAUGGGGUUGUUUCUCUGCAGCAGGGACUGGAGCACUUGUCAGGAUAGAAGGAAAAAUGGAUGGGCCAAAUACUGUCAAAUUCUUGAGGAAAACUCUGGGCGACUUUGAUGAACCCCAGCGCUCCAGUAUGACCAUGUUUGGAGUGCUGACCAUCGCUGUGAGGAUCUACCAGGAUCGCUGGGGCUACGGGAUCUACUCUGGACCCAUCGGAUCAGCUGUCUUCAUCAUCACUGUCAAAUGGCUGCAGAAGAUGAAACAGCUGAGGGCGGUGUAUCCAGAGAAGACCGUGUACACGCAGCAGGUCGGUCCAGGCUGCUGCUUCGGUGCUCUCGCUCUGAUGCUGCGUUUCUACUUUGAGGAGUGGGACUACGCCUACGUCCACAGCUUCUACCAUCUGUCUCUGGCGGUGUCCUUCAUCCUGCUGCUGCCAAAGAAGAACCGCUAUGCAGGGACGGGACGAAACGCGGCUAAACUCAGCUGGUUCACUCUCUGCUGCUGUUCCAUGUCCCCUGGUACUACUAAAGAGAAGACUGGUACUACUAAAGAGAAGACUGGUACUACUAAAGAGAAGACUGGUACUACUAAAGAGAAGACAGACAAGCCGAAGAAGAAGAAGUCGUCUCGUACCGUGUGGACAAUCCCCACAGAGAAGCCGUGGACACAACGCAGUAGCACCCCCAUCCUGCCUCUUUACACCCCCCCACCCUCCACACCUGUCAAAGGGACCAGCAUCAGCAAGCUCAAAGAGAUGAACGGCUGGAAGUGAACCCCAAAACGUAACUCACGUAAGAAGGACUUCAUCCUGAAGAACAGGCAGAGAUAGUGGUCGGCUAGGAGCGGGAAACAGGAAAAUCACCAAAUAACUGUCAGCCAAAUGCUGAUAAACUUGUAUGUGGCUGGUAAGUUAAUCUUCUUCAGCAGGAAACCAACCAUCAUGAGGACGUUCCUUUCUACUCCAGAAAAUCAUUGUUGGCUGGUAGAAUAUUUAAGGUCAACAGCGCUGGAAUCCACCAGUAACUGUAGCUUGCAGAUAAAGAAGCAAAAGGGCCCGAAAGUGGUUCUAAAAUUUAAGGGCAAGAACAAAAGAGGAAUCAGGCCUCCGGCGCCCUCAAAGACCCAAUAUGAACACAGCUGUCUGAAGCACUUGUCCAGAGCUGAGGACAGGCAGCACGCUACGAAAGAACACACACAGAACGAACAGGGAGACGGUGGCUGAGACAAACCAGUAAAACUGACUGGAAAAUUUACGAGAAGAGCAAACAGGCAGAUGGUUUAUCUCUCCAAAAUAUAUAAAUUGUCUUUAGAAAUGUUCCUCAGGGGAGACCUUUCCGUCUGCUCGCCUCGGUCUGUCCGUCCCCCCUCCUCCUUCUCUUUCCCGUCUCUCUCAGGGAAAGGAAGCACGCGGCUGAAUUUGUUUUUGAGAAUUACAAGACUGUAAAGCACAUUUUACUGUUUUGAUACGUCCUCAAAGUGCCAAAUGUGUCAUGUGGAGCGUCAGACGUUGGAGCAAGGGGAAGCGGCGGCCCAGACGUCAGUCUGUAACCCGACUGAAGCAUCUUGAUGUGUUUCUGGAUCAGCAGGUGGACUCCUCUGUCUGUUAACUCUAGUUCACUGACCGAGCAGCUUUGGCUAUGACUUCUGUCCCUAAUGUGCACUGUAGACGUGUGAUGUUUCUGGUGAAAACCUGUAUCAAUAUAUUGUUAUUUAUUGCAGCACGGAAGAUUGUAUAUUCAGUAUAGUGUUUGUUAUUGAUAAUUUUGUUAUAUUUUGAAAAUAAAAUGAA